CUACCUGGUAGGUGAGGUGAUUAACUCUAGGCACCAAGGAAGCUUUCGGAACCAAUAGCCAACAGGAGAAAUGUAUCUACGCAUUACUACCAUUUAAAAUGCGAUCGAUAAGCGUCGGAAUCGAGCCGAUCGGCUGCUUUUUCGAUAUGAUCUACUCUAACUCAUCUAUAGGGAGCCUCACAAUGCGGCGCUGAACCGGGUUUUGGCAAAUGGUCCUUGACGCCGACCGGGUUCCAAUGUGGGAGCCUAGCAACCUAGCUCGUGCCCCAAUAUGAUUCCGGUAAAGACGGAUAGGAUGCACUAGUCAAAUAGGACUAAUAAGACGUGUAUCAUGUCACGUCGCUUUGAAACGUUGAUCUACUUUUAAAGCGCCUAAUUUUCGUAGUCUUUGUCCUUGUUUAUACCGACGCGCUUCAACGAUGUUACUCAAUCUCCCUCAAGAGUUGCGGGAUCAUAUAUUCACUAUCGUUUGCCUUAGUGCACGCUCGGAGCCACAACUGCCAACAUAUCGCCGGGAAUGUCGUAGGACAUGUGAGCGACAGAGUUACUCGUUAGCGCCCUCGGCCAGGGAUCGCGUCUGGUUUGAGAGGACGUCCUUCCAGAAUCCGUUGCUUCCGCUACUGCUAGUCAACCACCAAGUUCAUCGUGAGGCGCAAGAUGUGCUGCGGCGGAUGAGUGAACCACCAAAUUAUGCCAUUGACAUAGCGUUCCUGAAAGAUGGAACUCUAUGGCCGACAUGGCUGUCAGUACCGAAGCUUCAACGGACAUUAGGGAACGUGUAUGCACAAUUUCGGAUCUUUGCCGUUCCCGAACAGCUGCAAUCACAUCUCUCAGACGACCCAUAUCAUUCGGACGAACUAGGACCGCCGCCAAUUAUCUGGCUAUUCUAUCAUCUUCUGGCAGGGUUCCUCCGAAAUGGCCCAAUAGCUUUGGAAAGGGAUAACGAGAGCGGAGGGUUUACGGUUCAAAAUCUCAUAUUGGACUUCUUGCCGGCUAGCGAAAAAGGGAUCUUACCUCUCGCGUCCUUCAUAGAAUACUUUAAAGAAGUUGAGGAUAUGGCAGGACUUACAGACACCGAGAAUGACUGGACACUCAGCAAGGAUGAGGGCCUCCUUGCCGCCGAGUGUCUGGCUCAUUUUGUUAGAGCCCUACUUCUCCGAGUCCUCAACCUUGGUGUUUCGACGAUCAAGUAUGGUAGGAUCUUAUACGAGAAUGUUGGCGAUAUAGAAAUCAGGGUCGAUGGUCGGAUGAAAUGGCACCUAGACCUUCCCAAGAUGUUCUCGAACCUCUCGUUUGACCAUGAGAUUAGUAUCUCACACAGGCUGAAACGUGAACAUAUGUUCGCAAACUGGAAAGAAAUGGCGUCGGAAAAGAGACUAGAAGCUGGUUUACCUAUCGAGAUACUAAAUACUUAGAUACCUACCUAGGUACCUAUAUACUUACCUAGGUAGGUAGGUAGGUAUACAUCUGGUCAAAGUGGAUUGAAAUUGAAGCAUAGGGUUUAUAUGUACGACGUCGGGCUUACGAUGCUCCCCGCAGC